CGCGCGUCGCUCCCCGCGCACGUGUGCACGCGGAAUGCACUCUGCACGCGCUCGGGGGCGCCCUUGUUUUUCCUUCCCAACCACUUCCGGAGGUUUGCCGGGAGGAUCCGGGGCUGAGCCGCUUCCUCCGCCUCGCAUUGCACAAAAAAGAAGAGGUGACGUUGCCCGGGCUGCGCUGGGCGCUCCUGCAAGCGGCCCCCCCAAUUCGCCCCCCCCCGGCUCCACGAUGUGGUUCUUCGCCCGGGACCCGAUCCGAGACUUCCCCUUCGAGGCCGCCUCCCCGCCGGAGCCCCCGCUGGCCCAACCGGGGGGCGUCUGGCAGCUGCACCGCGGGCGGAGGAAGACCACGGGCGAAUCGGUCUCCCUUUUCGUACACGAGGUGAAGCCGAGUUCCGAAGAGCAGAUCCAGCUUGCCAAAACGGCCUUCAAAUUCCUGAAGACGCUCCGGCACCCCAAUAUCCUGUCCUACAUUGAUGGCUUAGAGACAGAGAAAAGUUUACACGUGGUCACCGAGCCGGUGACGCCAUUGCCGGCUUACCUGGAGUCGCGGGGGGACGGGAAGGGUUUGAGCGAGCCGGAGAUUUCCUGGGGUCUUCAUCAGAUUGCGAAAGCCCUCAGUUUCCUGGUCAACGACUGUCAUCUCGUCCAUAACAACGUCUGCCUGGGCGUGGUUUACGUGGACCGUGCUGGCGAGUGGAAGCUGGGUGGCUUGGAUUACAUGUGCUCGGCCCAGGGAGACGUCACCGUGCCACAGAAGGGGGUCCCCGAGCUGGAGAAAUACAACCCCCCCGAAUUAUCCGACAGCACCAAAAACGUUGGCGAGAAAUGGUCAGCAGACAUGUGGCGAUUGGGCUGCCUCAUCUGGGAGGUUUUCAACGGCCCCCUGACCCGAUCGUCCUCCCUGCGGUCCCUCAACAAAAUCCCCAAGUCCUUGGUGCCCCAUUACUGCGAGCUGGUUUGUGCCAAUCCCAAGCUACGACCCAGCCCAUCCAAAUUCCUGCAGAAUUGCUCUCGGAUGGGCGGUUUCAUGGACAACAAGUUUGUGGAGACCAACCUCUUUCUGGAGGAGAUCCAGAUUAAGGAGCCGGCCGAGCGGCAGAAGUUUUUCCAAGAACUCAGUGACAACCUAGAUAAUUUCCCUGAGGACUUCUGUCGCCACAAGGUCCUUCCCCAAUUGCUGAUGGCUUUUGAGUUUGGGAGUGCAGGGGCCAUCAUCCUCACCCCACUCUUUAAGGUGGGGAAAUUCUUGAAUAGCCAGGAAUACCAGCAAAAAAUCAUCCCCGUAAUUGUGAAGAUGUUCUCUUCCCCGGAUCGGGCCAUGAGGAUCCGUUUGCUGCAACAGAUGGAGCACUUCAUUCAGUAUCUGAACGAGCCCACGGUCAACACCCAGAUCUUCCCCCACGUGGUCCACGGUUUCCUGGACACCAAUCCAGCCAUUCGGGAGCAGACGGUGAAGUCCAUGCUGCUCCUGGCUCCCAAGUUGAACGAGGCCAACCUGAACGUGGAACUCAUGAAGCACUUCGCUCGCCUCCAGGCCCGCGACGACCAAGGCCCCAUUCGCUGCAACACCACCGUGUGCCUGGGCAAGAUUGGGCCAUACCUCAGUGCCAGCACGAGGCAGAACGUGCUUAUCUCGGCCUUCAGUCGGGCCACCAAGGACCCCUUUGCCCCCUCGCGGGCAGCCGGGGUCCUGGGCUUCGCCGCCACCCACAAUUUCUUCUCCAUCAAAGAGUGCGCCUUCAAAAUCCUGCCAGUGCUCUGCACCUUGACGGUGGACCCCGAAAAAACUGUCCGGGACCAGGCCUUCAAAGCCAUUCGCAGUUUCAUGACUAAACUGGAGACGGUUUCAGAAGAUCCGGAUCAGCUCUCAGAGCUUGAAAAAGAUGUCCAGGCUGCUUCUAUCAGUCCCGGGGUGGGCUCAGCCGCCAGUUGGGCCGGCUGGGCUGUGACGGGGGUCUCGUCGCUGACGUCAAAGCUGAUCCGGACAAACGCUGGAACGACGGUGGGAGCAGAACAGGCGGCUGAGGACGCCCCCGUCAAGAAGCCGUCGGAGGCCCCCAAAUCAGGUCCCGGCCCCCCUCCUGCUUCCGAGGGAGCAGCUCCCAGCCCUGCCAGCGGGUGGGAGGUGGAGGAGGAGGUGGGGGAAGAGGAGAGUGCGGCCGACCAAUGGGAUGAUGAAGACUGGAGCAGCUUGGAGCAAGAAACGGAGCAGCCGAAGAGGCAGCCCAGCCCAGAUGACUGGAACAGCUCUGGCUGGUCGGAACCGGCCCAGACUUUCGGCAGUAGGACAGUUACCACCACAGCUUCCGACAGGCAGGACUCAGACUGGAACAGCUCUGCCUGGGAUCUGGAGCCGUCCUGGAGCCCCAAAAAGGGGGCGGCUACCCCCACGGACCCGCUCCCCUCCAGCCUCGGCACCAAAGCAGCUGCAGCCCAUCAAGACAUCAAACCGGCGAGCGAUUAUAACUGGGGGAGCGUGGGCUCCGGGGACAAAUCCGAUCCGUUUUCCUGUCUGGCUGGGAAGCCAACAUCGGAGAGGCAGAAAAAUGCCGACUCCCUGCGUGAAUGGACCUUUGAGGAAAACUGGGCCACGCUGGACUCCGAUCAAGGUCCCAGCAAGACGGAGCUGGCCCGGAAGAAACGAGAAGAGAGGCGCCAGGAAAUAGAAGCUCGGCGAGCCGAGAAAAAGGCAGCCAAGGGACCUAUGAAGUUGGGGGUCAGGAAAUUGGACUGACACUCUGCCCCACGCCCUGUUCUUCUUUCCCCCCCCCCACACCACGUUUGGACAGCUUGAUGCCUUCAAAGAGACUGCAAGGAAGAGGCUGGAAGUGUCUGCAACUCUGGUCCCCCAACCCAGUUUUGAAACGGAGUGGGAAAUUCGGGGUUCCCUCCAUCCGGUCUUGCUCGACGUGGGGACUCACACAGUCAGGCCCACCUGCGCCACACGUUCCUUUGCAACCUGCUGGGCCAAUUUCUCUGGUUUCGGAUAGUUAAACAUGAGACUUCUGGAAGCCUUGGGGUAGGGGGUGGGGAGAGAGGAUUGGAUCCGUCACACGGUCUCUGUGUGCAAAGAAAAUGAGAGUUUUGCACAGGGGCAAAGUACCAGGCGGAAGUGUGCAUGGGUGGGUGUGCGUGUGUGCAGGUGAUAAUCCAUGCCUGUUUCAUCAGCUGACACGUUAAGCAGAGAAAUGAAAUAUGAAUGAAAAGCUGCUCUCACUCUCUCUUGUCUCUUUCUGUCUCUCUUUCUCAUUGUCUCUGUCUUUUUGUCUAUUUUUCACUCUUUCUCUGUCUUUUUCUCUCUCUCUGUAUCUCUGUGUGUCUCUUCCUCAGUCUUUCUUUUUCUUUCUGUCUGUCUGUUUCUCUGCCUUUCUCUUUUUCACACUAUCUGUCUUUUUCUCUCUUUCUGUGUCUCUGUGUCUCUUUUCCUCAGUCUUUCUUUUUCUGUCUUUGUCUCUGUCUCUCUGUCUUUUUCUCUAUUUUUUACUGUCUUUUUCUCUCUGUCUCUUCCUCAGUCUUUCUCUCUUUCUCUUUCACUCUUUUUCUGUCUCUUGUUUUUUUCUCUCUUUCUUUGUCUCUCUCUCUUCCUCAGUCGUCGUUCUUUCUCUCUCUUUCUCUUUUUCUCUCUUUGUCUCUAUCUCUUUUCCUCAGUCUUUCUUUCUCUUUCUCUUUCUGUCUUUGUCUCUGUCUCUCUCUCUUUUUCUCUAUUUUUCACUCUCUUUCGCCGUCUGUGUCUCUCUGUCUCCUUCUGUCUUUCUGUGUCUUUUUCUCUCUUUCUCAAGGUCUUUCUUUCUCUGUCUCUCCCUCUCUUUCUGUCCCUGUCUUUCUCUCUCUCCCCUCUCCCGGCAAACCAAACACCUGCCUUUGCUUGGCAUGGCAAACUUGGGUUAAACUUGGCUUCAUCCUUGGGUGGCUUUUGCCUGCAAAGUGCAGCUGCCUCAGUGUGAUAGUUUGCAAAUCUGGAAAACGGGUUAAUUCUAAGAAGGAAAAAGAGAUGCAUUUCCUACUCCCCUCCGGCAUAAAUUUUGCAAUUUGGCUGGUUUUCGGCAAUCAGGUUGCCGAAGGGGGAGGUAUAUUUUGGUUUUCUCCCUCAGGGCUACCGAGAAUUACGGCUGAGGUGGGGUGGGGAGGAACGAGAAUCUCAAUCCCUCUCGUGUUUUUUUUUUCUUUUAGUAAAAUAGCUUGC